AUGGGCCAGUGUCCAUCGAGACAGCGACGCAGCGUCGACGUUGAUGUCGUGUUCAGCUUUAUCGAGCUUGGUGAUCUACCAGGCCUGAUGAAGUUUACGCCGUCGAACUUCUGCUGGAGCAACGGCUCGCUUCCUCCACUCCACUUUGCAAUCCUACAGGGCAUGUCGCGGGGAAGACAUGAGAUACAUCUUCGCAUCGUUGAGUGGAUGCUGAAUGCUGGAGCGGAUCCACAUCAUCAAGCGCCGUACUUUCGCAUUUCUGGUUUCUUUCCCGACAGCAACAAGUCGGCGAUGGUCAGGCUGAGCGUGGGCCCUCCAAAUUCUCCAACUGCGACGAUUGAAGUCGCCUUUGCCGGCCAUUCUGCGAUCUCACUUUCUGUGGCAUGGCUUAAAGCUCUGCAUCGGAGUCCCACCGCUUCUCAUGGGCAGCGGGGGAACUCCGUGUCCGCUCAUUCCACUCAGAGUCACAUCCAAUACUUCGAGAGCAUCUUGGCUGUAAUCGCGCGGGCGAUGGAUGCCAGGCGCACGCAGGCCACUGUGGACCAAGGUGUGAUCAACCGCUGGGAGGUGAUGCGGGACAUGACGGAGACCCACAACGUGACCUUUGAGACAGCUGGUGGCGCGGUAACUUGUCAUGACAUUGUCCUGAUGGCUGCCUCCCCCGUCCUCAAGGCAUUGCUGCAGUCGCCGAUGAAGGAAGCUGCAAGCAAGUCCAUUGCCGUGGAGGAAACCCCCAGAGCCGGCGUGGCGCUGUUCCUGGAUAUCUUGUACAUGAGUGCCACACGGAGCCAUCCUGACUAUGAAGCCGUGUUGGCAGCGCUUUCUUUGGCGCACCGCUGGGAGGUUGGGAAUACUGUGCAUAUACUGUCUGAUCUCCUUCGAGACAUGAUUUCCGAAGAGUCCUUCGCCGCGAUCGCAGAAGCAGCAGCGCACCAGGGCAUGGAGGCUUUGCAGCGCGAGUGUGCCAUGUUUGCCUCCAAAAAUCCCAAGGUGCAGAACAGCCAGUUGUCGUCAGCAGCUUGGAGAAUGCUCGGCCUGUCUGGCGGGAGAGCCGGCGAGAAGGUGGAGGGGUUGAAGCAGAGACGUACUUUCUGA